UGUCUAGGGUUGCCGGAGGCUGGCUUUGCCGGUAGCCCGACUGGGCUCUCUGCUGCGCGGACGAUGUCGGUGUUUCACGACGAAGUGGAGAUCGAAGACUUCGAGUACGAGGAGGAAACGGAGACAUAUUCCUACCCCUGUCCCUGUGGGGAUAACUUCAUCAUCACCAAGGAAGAUUUGGAGAACGGGGAAGAGGUGGCCACCUGCCCCAGCUGCUCGCUAGUAAUCAAGGUGAUCUAUGACCGAGAUCAAUUUAUGUGUGGAGAAACAAUCUCUGUACCUCCGACCAGCAAAGAGUUAGUUAAAUGCUGAAGAAAGCUUUGAAAACCUAAUUUAUACCAAAUAACCAAAGGAUGUGCCCAGAGUUGAACUUUUUCGCCAACACUCAAGAUAAUCAGCAAAUUAUUUAUAUGUUAUGUAUAGUAAAACCCAUGGAUGACUAUUUCCCUUUAAUAGACUUUGUUAGGCCUUUGAUCUGUCAGGUCCCCAGUAUAUAUGGUUGGUGACACAGUGACAGUGUUUUUCACUAUGACUUAACCUGUAAAGCUGUUAUCAUCCUCUCAACUCCAAUAUUAUACCAAGACCAUAUUGUGCAAUAAAAGUGUGUGUCUAA